AUGGACAGACUGGAUGAUGGCUUAUGUGGGAAAGUUUUUCCUGUGAAUGUUUUGAAUGAAAUUGUGUUAUUCUUUGCUGUUAUAAGGUGGCAUUUUCCUCAUACGGCUUUCAAUGCUUUGGCCAUUAUUUCACAACCAAAGUAUUUGCCUCCUUUCGGGAAGUUACCAUCUCUUGAAUCACUCUUUAUAGAUAGGCCUAUGAAUGUAAAAAAAGUGGGCAAUGAAUUUUUGGGAAUAGAAAGUGAUGGCACUGCUAGAUCUCGUAUUGUCUUUCCCAAAUUAAAAAGGCUUGUGUUUGAUGGGAUGUCAGCUGGAUGGGAAGAGUCGGAUGAUAUUACUUUGAAAGGAGAUGAAUUAGUUAUUACUAUCAUGCCAUCUCUGCAUUACUUGAAGAUUUCUGGAGCCCCCAAAUUAAAAACGCUGCCCAAUUACAUUCUUCAAUCGCCAACACUAAAACAAUUGGAGAUUGAGUAUUGCGAUAUUCUAAGUCAGCGUUACAAGAAGGAGACGGGUGAAGAUUGGCACAAGAUCUCUCACAUUCUUGACGUCAGCAUUUGGCCAUAG